GACACACACAUCUUCCAAUAUCGACCCUGUUAAAUGUCCACACAUAUUUUGUUUAUUUACCCGUUAUUCUCGUACACACUCGUUUGUGUAAAAUUCCUUAGUGCCAAGGCUUACAAUACAUUGAACCUUAUGCUGUUCUGAUUUCAAAAUUCCUUAACUAAAAUGGCAACGGCAGAUGGUCAUUUGAUAGACUAUAAGACCCGGAUAAAGGAAAUGUCUGAGACAAUAAUUAAUUCUCUCCAUCUGGCCGACAUAUUAGACGACAUGGUGUCGUACUGUGCCUUGACCGUCGACGACAGAGCCUUUAUUGAUGCUCAGCCUACUCUAGCCAGGAAGAACAGAAUGUUCUUAGAAGUGAUACUUAGCCGAGGUGACAUAGCAUGCGAAGUAUUCGUAGAUUUACUAAGAGAAAACAGCCACUAUAGCAACCUCCUAGAACAAAUUGACCGACAUGCUAUGGCGUAUGAUGAAUUUGAUAGUUCACCUAUGAAUUUACCAGAAGAGUCAAACUUUGAAAAUCUGGUACCAGAAUAUAAGGUCAGGCUUCAAAAGAAUUAUAAAAAGAUUGCCAGUGUGAAGUUCCAUUGCAUGUUUGAUUUUCUGCUGGCAAAAGACGUACUCAGUUUCACAGAUUAUGACGACAUCCGGUCUGAAGCAACAUUAACCGAACAAAACCGAAAACUAGUUGACAUACUAAUGUUGAAGGAUGAAAUGGCCUAUCAACAGUUCGUAGACACAUUAAGACUAGGAGAUAAAUGUCUCAGCAUUGCUGAAGACAUUGAAACAACUGUUGUCACCAGGGAAGAACGAAAACGACUUGCUGAACAGUUUUCAGAUAAAACAGAACAACAAAUGGUAAAACUGUCGAAGCAAGUUGAAACAUUGUCGUCCGAAAACCAAAGAUUGAGGUCAGAGGUGGAAACCAUGCGAGAUCCAAUUCUUUCAAGCAUGAGAGAACACUUUAAAGAAUGUAUCACAGAUUGGGAACUAGAAGAGGAGCGUUAUUGUGUCACCAGAGCUACGAAUCACGUGCAACAGCUUGUAGAAUCAGUCAACUGUAUCGUCGUAACCGGAAGUUCAGGCAAUGGCAAAUCUGCACUUAUUCAUCACGUAGCACUUCAAAUGCACAAACAAAGAAAAUAUGAAAUAAUACCCUUUGUGGUAGAUCUGUCAGACAUUAUUCGAUACAGUGACCCGAGAAAGCACCAGGUUUUUGUUAUAGAUGACAUUUGUGGAAAAGUUACCGUAAAUGUGCAGACGGUUGAUUGGUGGUACACACAUCUAGGCCAAAUAGAAAAAAUCUUAGCCAAAGGAACUAUAAAACUGUUAGCUUCCUGCCGUUUACAAAUUUACAACGACCCUCAAUUUCGAAGACUUAAGCAACUGUUCAAUAAUGAAUGCAAUUUAUUGUCCACCGAUUUUUCAGUUCUUCAGAAAGAAAGAAUUUUAAUCGCAGACAAGUACUUCCCAAAAAGUACUGUCAAUUACAUCAAAGACUUAAUUGAAACGUACGAUUUUUUCCCUUUGCUUUGUAAACUUUACCAUAGAAGGCCAACUGUAGAUGCAAGAAUGUUUUUUACAAAACCAAUUGAUGGUAUUCGGGAAGACCUUAAAGUCAUACAACAAUUUAAUAAGCUUCAAUAUUGUGCCAUUGUGAUGGUUAUCAUAUUCAAUAACCGGUUUAAAUUUGAGUGGUUAAAACCAAGGUCAAGUUCACAAGAAGUUAGUUUAGUUAUUUCAGACAUUUGCAGAGAGUGCAUUGUAGAUCUAAGGACUCAAUCUAAUAGGAAAGAAUUUAAAGAACACCUGGAUUCGCUUUUGAAAACUUACAUAAAAAAGUCCGACAACUCUUACCGAAUGAUACAUGACAAAAUAUAUGAUAUUGGUGCUGUUGUCUGCGGACAACAUUUAUCAGAAUGCUUCAUUACUCACGCAGACAGUACAUUUAUUGGUGACCGAUUUCGCUUUGAGUCGAUAAAAGAAGAUACAUUCGACGAUCUAGAAGAUUACUCGUCUGACGAAGACACAAUCGAAGAUCAAAACGGCAAAGCAGUUACGUCUGAUGAAAAUGUUAUAUUUAUCUCUUCCGACGAAGAAGAAACAUAUUUCGAUAGACUGAUAGAAGAUUUAAAGAGGGGCAUAACAUACAGUGCUUUUCAUAAUCAACAACUACAUUAUAAUAUUUAUCGCUCAAAAUUCAUAGCUUAUUUCAAAACCAGACAAAGUGAUGUUGAAAAACUCCUCAGACAAAUUGAAGAGCAAGGACAAGAACUAUCAGCACGAAAUUACAAGGAAAAUGAUUAUAGGAGUAUUCGAUUACCAUUAAUUGAAUCUGUAUUUGAAGGACACGUAAACAUCGUAGAAAUGCUUCUAGAUUUUCAAUGUGACAUUAACCUUUGUGACAAAUUUGGGCGAUCAGCUUUACACGUGGCGGCCAUGUUAGGCUAUUCCCCAGUUGCAAAACUGCUCAUCGAAAGAGGUGCAGACACGUCUCUAAGUACUUGUAUGGGACAUUCCGCUUUAUUUGCAGCAUGUGAAGGCGGACAUUACGAAAUAGUAAAAACUUUAUUGACUCAAAAUGUUAACUCUUCAAAGUGUGAUAUGUCUAGUCGAACGCCAUUGUAUAUUGUGUGCCAAGAGGGUCACUUAAGGAUACUGAAGCUACUACUCACAAGAAAAGAUGAUGGAUUUCUUUGCGAUAAUGCUGGUCGAUCUCCAUUCUUUGUUGCUUGCAAAGCCGGUCAUUCAGAAAUAGUGAAAACAUUACUCGAGUCAUCAUUCGAUGUAUAUAAGUGUUCAACCAAUGGAUUUUCGCCUUUGCAUAUUGCAUGUCAACAGGGACAUACAAGUGUUGUCAAACAGCUUCUUUCAAAAAACUUCGACAUUCAUCAGUGUGAACAUAAUCUGCGUGCUCCCUUACAUCUUGCAUGUGAAGGGGGCCAUACGAACGUUGUAAAGCUGUUGUUGCAACAAAAAGCUUCUAUUUCAAAAUGUGAUAGAAGUGGACGCUCUCCGUUAUAUACUGCAUGUGAAGGUGGACAUGCGUCGGUGGUUAGAAUGCUUCUCGACAAUAAUGCCGACAUUACACAGUGCGACCCCAUUGGAAGAUCUCCUUUGUAUACAGCUUGUGCAUGGGGACAUGCAGAGGUGGUCGAUAUUUUGCUUAAGAGAAAAAGAAACGCUGAUGUUUUACAUGACGUCAAAGGUUACUCAGCAUUGCAUAUAGCUUGUUAUACAGGUCAUAUUGCUCCUGUGAUGCUUUUGCUGAAACAUGACUUCAGAAUUUCACAAGAAGAUAAAUCUGGCCAGACGCCAUUACUUUUAGCAUGCAAAGCGGGACACACAGAUAUCGUUAAAUUUUUACUUGACAAAAACGCUGACGCUAACAAACGUGACAAUAAUGGCCGUUCAGCAUUAUACGUAGCUUCAAGAGAAGGACACUUAGAAAUAGUUCACAUACUUUUAGAGUAUAAGGCGGAUCCUGAUAUUCCGGAUAAUGAUGGUAUGCUUCCAUGGCAAAUGGCUUGGAAAGGACGACACACUGAAAUUGUCAAAACUUUAACAGAAAAUAAUCCCGCCAUUUCAAUUGACUCCCGCCAUUUCAAUUGACAUGUCUUCUGCGCCAUUAGCAAACGCUAUAGUUUCCUGUCAUUGAAACAAAGUCUUUAACUUUACAAAAUUCCAAUUUAUAAAAAAAUAAACAUUCAUAUAAAGCAUCAAUGAAAAUAAAUGCGCAAGUGAUAUUUUUUUUUAGUAUAAAUGAUUAAUUUUAGGAAAAUGCAGGGUAUCUACAAAUUUUAAACUAAAAAACAAAAUUUUGAAAAUGUACAUGAGCAAAUAUAAAAACAUCAAAUAUCACGAAGAGAAAAAAAUAACAGCAACAGCUUAAUUUCUCAAAUACAAAAGCAUAGUUGGCCAGACAACAAAACGUAAACUUAACUGUCAAGGUUUGCAACAGUAUACUAUGAAAAAAUACUAGUACAUGUACUUAAAUGAAGACAGUUUUAAUUAUCAAAGUGUCUGAAAUACGCAAACUUGCAAAUAUAUUAAAAAAUAUAACCCUUGGGGGGAAAAUGAUUAUAUUUUUAACUAGUGUCAUUGAACUCUUACACGAUUUUAUUUUAUUAUUAUUUUUUAUUUGUAUCUGUAAACAGAGUUUGAGUAAAACAUUAACAAACUUUAGGCAUCAAGUUAAGAAGUACGAAGCCAUUUUGAUAUACUAGUAAAUUCAAAUUUUGACAAGAAGGUAAACGAGGAAUCAUUUAAAAACUACAUGCACAAAUCUAUCAAUCUAUAUACUGUUUC